UUUUACGGCUCGUUAAAGCUCACGGAAUCGUCGCGCUUCGACGUCGUCCCCCAUGAAUAUGGAGAUGAACGGUCGCCCGUCGAUCCUUCCCUUGCUCCGCGUCGCCUUUCUUUCAUCCGUCGCCCCGUCAUCGUCGCCGAACGGCGACGUGCUCGAGUUUCUUUCGAGCGUUCGCACGCGAUCGCCGUGCUUCACCCGUCGCGCGUGACAACACGCCACGCGAACGCGUCCCGUCGCGCCGUUUCGUUCACGACCCGAUAUUUGGCCACCGUCGUGUUUCCCGUGCUGGAAAAAAAAAGUGUCACGAGGAAAGUGUCGUUCGAUCGGCCACCGAUGGCACGCUGUCGCGCGUGUGUCACGCUUUCACGAGUCGAACCGCCGCGCCGUGUCGAACCAUGAGCAGAUCCGUCAGUCGAUUUUGGACGAGCCGCGUUUCGCCAGGAAUUUUACCGGAAUGCCGAUUCGACGAAAUUAUUUUUCCUUUUCUCUGAAAAUCGUCCGUCACGUUCGUGAAAUCCUGUGACAGCAGUGUUUCGACGUGUUUCGCGUGCCGAUCUUUGGCGAUCCAUUCGCCGAAAUCGAUCGAACGAGCCAUCCGUAUUACGAUUUCCUCGGUGUAAAAGAAUUUUGUGCGAAUUAUCUUGUAAAACGUUUUUAAUUACGUCGAUGGAUCCAAAGAAAACGCGUCUCUUUCGAAAUGCCAGGCGUUUUCGUACGUGGAAUCAGAGAGUCUCUGGUGAAAAAGAUCGCCUUCCUAACGAUUUCUCCUCCCAUGGCAUAAGAAGAAAGACGAGAAAGGUGGAAAAAAAGAAGUAACUGUGGAAGGUAGAAAAAUCGCGAAAGGCUUGUCGACGGAGAAAAGUUGAAGAGAAGUUGGGAAUCGGUGGUGGAAAGAGGGAGGGAGAGAGAAACGCCGGGAGUCGCGUCGGUGUGUCGGAGGAGAUAGCGGCAUCCGUUUCGGUGCCCGUUGCGGGACGGUCGCCACACCCGCCCGUUUGGGAAUUCAACUUACUGCCGCUCGGGACACCGAAGCGUUCGACGUUUUCUCCACGGUGUGUGUAACGGGUAUCACGAAAGGCGGCUGUUCGCGGCGGAUUAGAUUCCGACCGGCGCAGAAAUUGCUGCCCCACGGUCUUUCGCUUUUCUGCGCCGCGCUCCGUGCCGUUACAGACAUUUGAACCGCCGUGCCCGGUGAUACGUAACGAUGGAACAUCGAACGGAAGCGAUCAGAAAUCGCGAUUGAGAAAAAACAGAUCGAUUCGAAUGGUGUUUCGCGGAUCGAACGAUUUUUAAUUAAAUUUUAAACGUCGACACUGUGCAAUUGACAAACAAAAAAGUGUGAUUCGAACGAAAGUGUACACGAAUCGUCCAAAAUCGGCGCGGCAUCAUUUGCGAUGAACCGAGGAUCGAAUAGACAAGAUUCCUAGACGAGGACAACCGGGUCGAUUUUCCCGCGGGCAACAUCCCGGAAGCGACGACAACGACUGGACCGUCGCCAGUGGACAUCGUGGACGUCGAUAUACAACAGCCAGCACACGACCACCCCCUGUCGCUCGCUCGGCCUCGUGUAUCGUCUCUCUGUGUACGUGGCUGCUGUCUGUGUCUCCGUCCGUCUGUCGGCGCGUGUACCCGCGUACGAACGAUAAUGCUGGCGGCUGACGGUUUCGGUGAUCGACGACGACGCGGCCGGUGAACUAGUGACAGUGUGAAAUCGAUCGUGAGCAGGGAAACCGGCUAGCGGUAGCACUAAAUAUACCGCAGGAAUAAUGGCCAGCGCGACAAUGGGACUCCGUCGCAGAGUGCCGGUGAACAAUUCGCCGACCCCGUCGGGCCAAUCCUCGUCCACUGGCUCGUCCAGCAAACGUUCAAGAUCCGAGAACAACAACAGCCCGUCCCAUGGUAAUCUCAACUCUAUGCCACGGGACGAGCCACCGACCAAGAAGUCACGUGGCACGUCGACCAACGCGACCAAGGGCUCGUCGUCCUCGUCACCGGAAACCAGUCCCUCGUCCAAGAGUCGAGGCGGUUCCGUGUCGAGGUCCAACGCCCAAACCAAGACAUCCUCGGCAUCCGUGUCCACGUCAGACGCGGUGUCCAACAACAGCGUGCUGUCCAAUAGCUGGCAGACCUCGUCGAACAUGUCCGAUGUGUCGACGUACGCAUCGGUAGCCGGAUUGAGUAUGGCCGCGAGUCCAACCGCUGGCCUGUGCGCCGGUGGUCUCAGCAUGCCCACUCCGAUCCCGUACAUGUCCUCGUCGAUGGCGACGUUCGUCGGAAAUGCCACCAACCUAGGCAAGAGCUCGUCCGUGUCGUACUUGGACAUUUCCAACAUGACCGGUGGCUCUUUGAGCACGUCCGCUGGCUUGAACAGCGGCUACGUCGGCAACGGGAACGCUGGCAACGCGAUGGACUCGAAGAACGGCGUACCCAUGCCGUUCCCUGGAAUGUCGGCUGGCGUGAACGGCACUGGUUACGGGAUGCAAAAGGGUCAACCAGAGAACGCCGGUCUACCCAAGAAAUUCCAAAACGACGGAAUGUUCAACGCGUAUCAACCGUGGGUGAUCAAAACAUACGGAGAUUUGGCGAAAACUAAGACGAUCACGAUCAAAAAGUACGCUCGUAUAUUGCGAACACUGAGAGGUGAGGAAGUGAACAGUGCGGAGAACAGUAAGUUCCGAUUCUGGGUAAAGAGCAAGGGCUUCCACAUCGGCCAGCCGGAAGGAUACGACGCGAAACCGGCGGACAGGAUUAUCGGCCGUCACGCGGUGACGAGUCCCGGAUUGGAUCCUCCGCUAUACGUGCCCACACAGCUGCCGCACAACAAGACGUUAAACGGCGCCGAGGGUACCGUUCCACCCGGAAGAGUGUACAAGAAAGUCGCGAUCGUGGAGAACUUCUUCGACAUUAUUCAUGCUGUCCAUGUUGACCUUGAGGGUCGUCCGGGGAAGCAUGCCGGUCAAAAGAGAACGUACAGGACGAUCACCGAAACGUACGCGUUUCUUCCCCGAGAAGCUGUAACGCGAUUUCUUUUGGGAUGUACGGAAUGCCAACGACGUCCGCGGACCCCGAGCCCGACGAAUUUAUCCAAUCAACCGCAGCCCACGUCGGCGACACCGUUGGCGACGACGACGCUAACGUCUACGACGACCCCGUUAAGCCCAAAUGCCCUCUCAACCACGUCGACAACGGUGCAAAGCAGUCCCAAGCUGCGCGAAGGAAAUCACGGCGGUGAGGGCAAGCCCCUGUACAGUUAUAGGCACCAAAGGCAUCAGAAGGCCAGCGCCGUACCCUCGACAACGGAGAAAACCGAAAAGGAGAAAGAAGAGAAGUACAAUCCCUUGAGUAUCACGAAUUUGCUGAAGAAGGAGCCAGUAACCGGUAGCUUUUUGCCGAGCGCGGACAGCCUACCGGAUUCGAGAAGAACCCCGGAAUCGGACCGGGCGAGCUCGAGAAGUUCGGCCUCGUCCAAGAGGAAAAGGAUGCUGCCAGAGGGUCGAACGCCGUCCCCUCAGCCCAGUCAACCGUUGCCAAGGCCGUGGAGCCCUGGACUCGAUCCCAAGAACACGCCCAUCGACUACAGUCUUCCCAUCACUACCUCGUACCUGAAGCAUCAGCAGAGGCUACUGCAGCAGGCGGAGAAGAACAAGGCUGCAGCGAUCAAGGAGACCGAACUCGAGCAGAAAGUGACCGUUCUGCCGGCGGACGAGAUCGUCGAUACCGUCGAGAGGGACAGAUACUCCCCUGCUACCGGAUUAAUCGACACCAAUCUCAAUCUAUUGGCCACUAUUCAGCACCUGCAUUGCCAAGUGAUGCUGGCCCUCACGGAAAGACUCAGACCGUCGAUAACCAUGCCAAGCCCGCUCGUUUUGCCCACGGCGGCCAACGUGCUGACCAAUGGAAUGAUGAUAGGUCCCGAGGUAUCGGUACAAACCGGCGAGAAUCGUACGUGAAAGAAAGGACACUAUUCGCGAAAGAUAUGGAAGAAUCCUGGAGCGUUCUAUUGACUCUUCCCCUUGUUGGAAACUUCUGUUGCGAACGAGUUUUCGUUACAGCCGUCGCAGCCGAGGAGAUGAUACGAUGGAUAUAUUGUUCUAAUCGAACGUUGAGUAUAAAAAGUAUAGUUUUCUAUUAUAUUCCGUUAGGUGGUUUAAGAAUGGAAACGUGACAGGGGAAGGAGUCGUAAACAGACUCGAUCGAUACUAAUCUCAAUCUCGUCACUACCGUACACCGAAUUCCAUUAACGAAAAUACAGCUUUACGUUCAAGUUUCAGAUUUCACGAUCUCUUAAGAGACUUUCGAGCGAUCUCAGCUUUGUAAAUCCUUGAGACAUGAUGGCUUUAUUUUACUUCGAAUAUACUUGAUAGAAAUGAUUCUUGAAAACUUUACGGAAUAAAUUUCUAACGUAUUCGGUAUACCUGAUAGAGAGAUAAUCAGACCUAACAUCCACCGAUCCAGCGCUCACCUUCUUCCACUGGAGAACGUUAACGCGGCCAAUAUCCGAUCCUAGCUGCCAUUCAAACUAUCGGCUAACGCGAUCAUCUAUUAAACCGGAUAAGAUCAAUUACUUGGUCGGCGUCGUGGCGUCAACGUCAGUUAAAGUCGGGACCGGGGCUGGAUCGGAUCUCGUUUCGUGCGCUCGAUAUAGACGGCGAAACGAGACGAAUUAUUCGUGAGUCUGUCAAAAUAUGGGUCGACUCUGUCGCACGUUGUCGAUUUAUGGAGGGAACGACCGCAAGCCGAGCACCACAGGCCCUUCUAUCGCGCAAUCGAAUUCGAUAUUUUGAGAUCCGAGUGGAACGCGAUCCGCUCGUUAGACAGAGGUCCCCGAAAUGGACGGCGGUUUCGACAGGAGCUAGAAGGAUAGCUUCUGAAUAUUUAACCGUCGAACAAGAUCGACGAUGACCUCUGACUCGUUGACCCGCGACACUUUUCGGCCUUUCGUUUUAUCGUCGACAAAGUUCGACGAAUAUGCGAUAAUUUGGCACGGGAACAAAAACGAUCUCGUCGAACUCCGAGUUUAGAUAUCUGAUAACGAAUAUUCACCAUCUAUAUCGCGAUAUAUCAGUAUAUUUAUUUCGAUUUCACCUUGUUCAUUUUAAUCGUUCGUUGACAUUUUGAGUUUUCGAACGCGAGACUCGUCAUCGAUUCUUUGGAUACGUGAGACGCACAAUUACGUUCAAUUCGCAGAAUCCGAUUUCUCGUGAUGAUGAUUACGACGAAAUGUUGAUUAUAUUCAGAAGAGUAGAUUAAUAUUAAAGGACGAACAAAUAUAAUCUUCGUGUAAUCGGGACCUCACUUAGCGCGAACGAAUAUUAUACCAAAGGCAUUGUAAAAGGCCACGACGAGAAUAUCCUCUUUUUAGCGAAUUCCAUCGAAUCGUUGAUCGAUGUUUGAGCUAUUGUCGAGAACAAGACAGGUUCCACGGAUGUGACUCGUACGACGCUAAACAUUUUCGUAUUUGACCGUGUAGACUAGCCUUGUGUAUGAUAUUAAAAGAAAAAAAAAGUAUAGAAGGUAGUUUCUUCGUGUAUUAUAUUAUCUUGUCGUUGAAGACGCCGCGCAGGCGUGAACGUGUGAUCACACGCGAACGUGUUCGUAUUAGGAGUUUGAUAAUCGUUG